GUCGCGGUCAGCUGGUUUCCAGUGGUCAUGGUCUCUUCAUAAUGGUCAGUGCGUGGUCUGAGCUCGACAUGCCAGGAGGACGAACUGAUUUACAAAGAACGAGUGGACUAAUCUGAUUGUAUCGUAACACUGCCAGCUGGACUUCAGCAUCAUGGAGGUCGAACACAACAAUCUGGAUUCAGAAAUCGAGACGACCAAAACUAAACCCAUGACAUAUUUUCUGUAUCCCACACUUGACGCAUCAGAGUUAAAAACAUUUCUGGAAGAAAACAGAGCCUCUGAUGCAUGCGUCCAGAAGGCCUUGGCAGACGUGCGUGUCGUCAACCCAAAUACCCCGCCUCUCGCUGUAGACGCAGACGAGACAUCGUUAGAAGACAACAGAUGCCGAUCACAUCUUUCAGCAAGGACAGAAGUGGACGCAUCGCGUUUAUCAGAGGCAGAUAGCACAAACAUAUCCCUGGAUUGGUUUGAUGAUACGUAUGAAGUAUCCAAGUGUACACACACGUGUUCUGACGAUAAGUCUGUAAUAAUGAACAGCGGUCGCCGUGAUGGGUCCAAUAACGUAAAGAACCAUAAGUACACAUCCGUGAACUUUGAGAACAAGAAAAGGAACAGGUUUUUAGGAUUCUUGACAUCAAUGCUAAGACAGACACGUGAACAAUUAAUUCCAAAAUGCAUGAGCAGGAAGGCCAUGCCAUUGGGCUGAUGAUGUAGUGAUAUGUAAUAUUAUUUUGUUAUAUAAAAUCUUAAGAAAA